AUGGCGGCCCCAGGAACACAAUCGCUGAAGGUCAGACUGCCCGCGCCGCCGCCUUGUGUUGUCACCGGUGAUGGUGCUGUUGGAAAGACAUGUCUCUUGAUCUCGUACACCACCAAUGCCUUCCCGGGCGAGUACAUCCCGACCGUCUUCGAUAACUACUCCGCGAGUGUCAUGGUCGACGGCAAGCCGAUCAGCUUGGGCCUGUGGGAUACCGCUGGACAAGAAGAUUACGAUCGACUUCGACCACUCUCCUACCCCCAAACGGACGUCUUCCUCAUCUGCUUCUCCAUCGUCUCCCCUCCAUCCUUCGAUAACGUCCGAGCAAAGUGGUUCCCUGAGAUCGACCAUCACGCCCCCUCGGUCCCCAUCAUCCUCGUCGGUACCAAGCUGGAUUUGCGAGAGGAUCCGGCUACCCUCGAGAGCCUGAGACAGAAGAGAAUGGACCCGGUUUCGUACGAUCAGGCCUUGAUUACCGCAAAGGAGAUCCGCGCCCACAAGUACUUGGAGUGCUCUGCCCUGACACAAAGAAAUCUCAAGAGCGUCUUUGACGAAGCCAUCCGAGCUGUCUUGAGCCCUCGUCCUCAACCCAUGAAGAAGAAGUCUCCCAAGUGCUCUAUUCUAUAA